AUGGACGACCGCUCACAGCGCGGCUCAUGCCCCAGAAGUCCUCUUCUAUCGACGACUGAACGGACCGAGUUCGGCACCCUAGGAUGCAUUGUCUACGGCUACCCUCCCACUGGUGGGGUUCUCAUCAAAGAGGCUGACCUUCUCGAUAUGCUUUUCCUAUCGCUCUCCCGCUUUCAUGCAUCGCAGCGCUCACCCAGUGCCGACGAAGAAGACAGAUUCUGUAAUCUCAUGCGACGGACUGGUGCGACGUUGUGGCCGAGUAAAGAGUGUUGCAUCGAGGUGGAGUUAGGCUGGAGCUGUUUCACUCCGUAUUGGACAUUCCAACUGAUGCUACUCGUCUUGUGA